AUGACAAAUCAACAUGUAUCUAUAAUUUUCUACAACAUAUUUUUCAUUCUUGUCUCUGUGACAUCAUUUGGAAGCCAUGUUUCCUCUCAGUUAAUUCUACGACCAUUUCCACCACUUUUCAAUGCAGCACGUAACCGUCCUGUCACCAGUAGUCCUUCUGACAGUACUUGUGGAAUCCCAUCCAGGAAUGCCUAUUGUAAGAGUUCUGUAUAUUCGGUAUCUGUAGAACAGUGUACACAAGAUUUCUGUGUACAGACUUGUCCAAACAGGACAGCUCUACCCACCCCUCUCAACCUCCUCAUUGUCACCAGUCCAGGCCAAGGAACAUGCAUUGCUGUGGAUACUGUAAACACCAAGCCAGGAAGUAAGGCAGGAGACAGGUCUACUUUUUUUGUAAUGGAAGGGACAGACUGUUACCUCACCCCAGUGGAAACCCCUGUUGUAGGACUGGAGGGAUCUAUCACCAUCGCUGUCUGGGUCUGGCAGCAAGAAAACAAUUUGGGGACCCUGUUACAAAAAGUGUCCUCCAGUACACAAGAGAUCAUCCUUGAGCUUCAGAUAUCAAAGAUUGGCAUAGACUUCACAUUCAGGAGUAGGGCAGGUGUUGCCACUGUAACAUUACAGGAAAGCCUGCCUCAGAGAACCUGGAUUCACCUGGCUAUUCAGGUAUAUUUGACUACGUUGAGCUUUUACCUGAAUGGUACAGGACCAGGUUAUACAGCAGUAAAGACGAUUGACCUUGGCAAUCCUAUUCUGGAUGGUCAAGGGGAGGCCAGAAUUGGGCAGACACUAUCAGGAACAAAUCAAUUUUUGGGAAGGAUACAGGAUUUUGUUUUCUUUGAUGUUACACUGACAAACAGGGAGAUCUCGGAGUUAUAUACAGGAACCUUGCCGGAGACUCGAGCCCAGAAUGAAUGUCUCUGUCCACCUUCACAUCCUCGUAUCAAACCAAACCAGGAACAUUACUGUAUUCCUAAUGGUGUUCCCGAUAACCGAGGAGACAGCAUACUCCGUCUCAACAACCAAUCACACAAUCUCCAGUACAUCAAUGAUGGUGACAGCCGCUCCCUCUGGAUCUCAAAGUUUCAGGAUACUGUGAACAUCACUGUGGAUCUGGGGGAUAAAUUCCAGGUGUUCUACAUUGAGCUGCUCUUCUACAGUCCUAUGCCAAAGGCAGUAUCAAUAGAGCGCCAGAAAAACCUUACAUCUUCGUGGGAAAUGUGGCAAAUGUAUGCUGAGAGUUGCUAUGAUUACUUUAAACAGCCUGAUAACGGACCUUUAACUUCAUCUACAUCUGUCAACUGCAUCAAGUUUGGCUCGAGAGUAGAGGAUGUGCCGUACUCCAAGGGAAACAUCACAAUGAGUCUGCUGGCUUCAGAGCCAGUGGCACGACCAGGCUACACUGACUUUUACAACACACCAGAAUUACAGGAAUUUGUGGAGGCGACACGUGUCCAUCUCCAAUUUAUAGAUCACUAUUAUGUCAAUACUUUGAGACAUGAGUAUUAUGGCGUGUACGACUUAAGUGUCACAGCGAGAUGUGAAUGUAGUGGGCAUGCAUUUGACUGUGACACGUCUGUCCUUCCCUACAAGUGUAAUUGUACAUCAGAAAGCCACACCAUUGGAGAUAAGUGUGACCAAUGUGAUCCCCUGUACAAUAGUAAACCGUUCAAGAAGGGAGACCAGAUCAAUGCUUACAACUGUAAGGCCUGCCAAUGCUACGGCCAUGCCUCUAGCUGUGUGUAUGACAAAAGCCUUGACCUUUUCCCAGCCGACCAUGACCUUGGUGGGGGUGGGUUGUGUAUCAACUGUCAGCACAACACUGCCGGCCGCUUCUGUGACACCUGUCAGCCGCUUUACUAUAGACCUGUAGGCAAGAGUAUGUUUGAUGAGGAUGUCUGCACUCUCUGUCUCUGUGACAGAACAGGCAUACUAGGCUUCAACACAGACUGUGAGAAGGAAGGAGGCCAAUGUAGCUGUAAACCCAAUGUUGGUGGGCGUCAGUGUGACGUCUGUAAGGCAGGAUUUUACAGUCUCAAUAUCUCUGACCCCUAUGGCUGUAAAUCUUGUGGAUGUGAUGUCCAGGGUACCAUUGGGGCAAACCAGUCAUGUGAUGCAAUCACUGGUGACUGUUUCUGUAAACCAAAUGUCAGAAAUGCCAAGUGUGAUGCAUGUCAGUAUGGGUUCUACAACCUUACCUAUGAUAACCCACUUGGCUGUACCUCUUGUCAGUGUAACCCACAAGGAUCCACGUCCAGGUUUUGUAACACUCAGUCUGGUAUGUGUAGCUGUAAGGAUAAUAUAGUGGGUCGUCAGUGUGAUCAGUGUGCUCCAGGCUUCCAUAACUUUGCCCAGGGUUGUCUCCCCUGUCAGUGUGACAUCCAGGGUACCAUAGAGGACACCUUUUGUGACCCAGUGACUGGCCAGUGUGUGUGUAAAGUGAAUACACAGGGGCAACGAUGUAGUGAAUGUAGGGAUGGUAGUUUUGGAUUUGGAGCAUCUUCUGUGAAAGGCUGUUACGACUGUACUUGUAACUUAGCAGGCACGCUCAACAGCUCAUUGACCUGUGACAAGACAACUGGUAGCUGUAUGUGUAAGAACAAUGUGGAGGGCACUAAUUGUAAUGUAUGUAAAGGCAAUACCUUUGGUCUCAAUAUCACUAACUCUGAAGGCUGUGAGCCAUGUGACUGUGACCCGUCAGGGACCCAGGGAGGAAAUUCUGGCGGUGUCAUUAGUGACCUCUCUUGUAACCAGAACACUGGUCAAUGUACUUGUCUGGCCAACAGGAUUGGCCGUCGUUGUGAUGACUGUGAUAAGGGAUAUUACUAUAACCCUGACCCUGGUGUCGGAUGUAACAGUUGUGGGUGUAACCGUGCUGCCACCAUCCCACAGACCUACUGUGAUUCACAGACAGGCCAGUGUCAGUGCAAGGGAGACAACACAGGUGUUGUAGGGAAAACCUGUUCUGAGUGUAUGGAAGGCUAUUACAAAUUUGACCGUGUCACAGGAACGUGUUCCUUCUGUGACUGUUCUCCUGCUGGAACUGUCAAUCAAAAUCAGACCUGUGAUCCUGUGUCAGGAAACUGCGAGUGUAAGAUAUUUGUCACAGAGCGCAGGUGUGAUACCUGUACUGCUGAUGCUAGUUUCCUGGAUGAAGCAAACCCCUAUGGCUGCAGUAAAGAGCCUACCCAGCAGCCACCACCAUCACAUGAACAGAUCAACUCAACCACCCUGAAGUUGAUGUGGCAACAACCAGAUUACCCCAAUGGCAUCAUUAUACAGUACAAGCUCUAUAGAAAUGGCACACUAGUGUUUACUGGGCAAGGUCAGAAUUCUGAAUACCUGGACGUAAAUUUGGCAGCAUAUGUUCGUUACGCUUAUGUAGUGGAAGCAACAAAUGACUUCGGCAGUGUCUUAAGUUCACCUGUAACUUUCCGUACUUUACCUGGUAGCCCAACAGGUAUGGUCAUUGUUUACAUCACAGAUGUCCAUUCCCGAAGUGCCUCCUUCUCCUGGAACCAACCUGUGAACAUGAACGGCCCUCUGGUCAACUACAGUGUAACUGCUGCCAGUCCUAGUCAGCCAACACGAAGCGUUCACUGGACAGGACUAAGUCGACAGGCCAACGUCACAGACUUUGUACCAUUUACAAAUUACACAAUUAUUGUGGAGACUUGUACACCAGGAGGAUGCUUAGACAGUUGGCCUGCCCUUUUUGUCACAAAGUCAGACAUGCCAUCUGGGAUGAAAGACCCUGUCAUCACAACACUUAGUGAGACAGAACUACUCAUUAGCUGGGAACCACCAGCAGAGGCAAAUGGUGUGAUAAUUUUCUAUGAGUUAUGGAUCCGCGGUUAUGCCAUUAAUGGGACACGUGAUCCGCUAGAGACAAGAAUAUUUCACCCGAGUGGACAGUUCAACCCACGUCCUACCCUCUCCCCACAGGAAAACAUCCUUCCACCCCCAGAAACAUCAUUCACAGUAACUGGACUCAAUCCAUUUUCCUUGUAUGAAUUUCAGGUUCUAGCUGAAAACAGUGUAGGAAAGACAGCGAGUGCCUGGAUAACAGCCAGGACAGGGGAGGCUCCACCUCUGUUUACUCCUGCCCCUACCAUGACCCCUAUCAGCAGUACUGAGUUACAGGUGAAAUGGACAGGCCCCACUAUGGAGGAAUCGCGUGGCACCAUCAGCUCGUAUCUACUAUACUAUCUGAAGAUGAACAAUCGUACCCUGCAUCCUUUUGCUCCUCCAUUCACAUGGAUAUUACUUAGUAACACAAGUGGAGAUACGAUGACUCAUGUGGUUGACCAAUUGAAAGCCUACACCAACUACACAUUCAUUGUUGGGGCCUGUAACAGUAUGGGCUGUGUCAACAGCACAGAGGGAUAUGGCUUCACCCUCCAGGAUGCUCCUACUGGGAUGGGUAAGCCUGCAGUUGCUAGCCUGAACUCCACAGUUAUACAAGUAGAUUGGGCUCCACCCCUGUACCCUAAUGGACCUGAGCCUCAAUACUCGGUACAGAAGACCACGCCAGCCCUUAGCUUCCCUCCUCAGGUGGUAGCAGGCACUAGAUUUCCCGGGGGAGGAUACUACAAGUUUCCAGCAGAGACCAUACCCUCCAAUGUGGGUUUUACAGGCAUCCAACUGUGGUUCCGUACCAGACAGCGAGAUGGCCUGCUGUUGUAUGCUGCUUCAGCAGGCAAACAGGAGGAAUUCUUGGCUCUUCAGUUCCGAGCAGGGAGGCCUUGGUUUUUGUUUGAUCCUCAAGGGUGUGCAUCGUUUGUAACUCCCACAAAUGAUGAAGGGCUGCCUUACAAUGACUUCACAUGGCGCCACAUUGUAGCCAAGCGUAUAGACAGGAUGGCCAACAUAUCCAUUGACGUGUAUUGGUCAGGACGCAGGGAAAACUUGUGUGCCAGUGGAACCAUUAUAGGUCCAAGUUCUGGUUUAUAUGUGGGUGGUCUGCCGACCGACUACGUGAUACGAAGACAAGAUGAUGACACUCGUGUACAGAUAAUCCGUCAGGGUUUCCAGGGAUGUAUCCGAGACAUCCAGAUCUUACACCAAGUGUACCCUGUGGAGGUGUGGAAACCACUAGACUGGAACACUGCGGAGACCAACGACCUUGCUUACUUCAACUGGCAGGGAUGCCCAAUUAACUUGGACCGAGGCUAUCAUUUUCAGGGUCAAGGUUUCAUGACUCUUCCUAAUGACUACUGGACACUGGGUGAUAGACAGGAGCUCCGAUUUGCCUUUCGAACAGACAUGCACACCGGUCUGCUAUUCUUUACUCAUGGAGGGCCAGGCGUGUAUGCAUUCGUGGCUCUAUUAGAAGGUUCUCUGUAUUUUGAAUUCUCCAACAAUGUAGCGACAGGAAGUGUGACAUUAAGGCCGACUGAUACUGAUUUCUGUGAUGGAAAAUGGUAUGAUACCUUGGCAUAUAAGAACCAUCAGGAGGCAACAAUUACAGUGUCAAAUGGUGGAGGAACGGCAACACAAGGAGACCCAAGCUUCAGGCUGAGGGUUCAGCCAAUUUCUGACCUGUAUGUUGGUGGAGUGCCUGUCAAUUCUGAAGCAUAUAAUUUUAUCAUUAGAUACAAACUUUCAGCACCGCUGGAGGAGUUUGGUGGAUGUCUGGCUGACCUUAGAAUUGGUGAAUUUAGCCCUUACUACUUGGUUUACAUGAAUGCUAUCACUCUGGUGAAAAUCGUUGAGAAUGUCAACCUAGAUGGAUGUACACCUUACCAUCUCCCUGCAGUAACCUGUCGUGAUGAUGUUGUUGAAUAUAUCUACAAUGGCACAGAGACCACCCACCUUGAUGCUGACCUUCACCCUUAUUCAGAUUAUUUGUACCGAGUGGUGGCCAGCAAUGAUGCAGGCUGGGUGUCAAGUUCCUGGGGUUAUGGCCAGACCAAAGAAGGGGCCCCAAUUGGAGUUAAGCCCCCUUAUGACGUAACGGUUCUGUCAGGAUACGUGAUAACUGCACGCUGGCAAAGACCUCUGAUAACUGCUGGUCUCCUCACCAAGUACAUCCUUCUCGCGUAUGACAGAACAAAUGCUUCUGUACCUCCAAAAAGUACCAUAUUGACUUUGAUAGGUGAGAUAACAACAGCGAUACCAAGCACCAACUACUCGGUCAGGGUGGCUGCCUGCACUGGCGGUGGAUGUAGUGAGAGUGCUACUGGCGUCAAUGUCACUACCAAGGAGGAAGCUCCAGAAGAAGUUCCAACUCCUACUGCUGUUGCUGCAACAACCUUCCUCACCAUAUACUGGGACAUCCCUGGUAGGCCCAAUGGUGUCAUCACUGGCUACUUCCUCUACCAAGAUGGCCGCCAGAUCUACAGUGGUGGUCAGCGAAUGUUCAAUAUCACUAAUUUACAGGUGUAUACUUCCUAUCGGUUCUAUGUUCGAGCCUGUACACAGGUAGGCUGUACCGAUGGACCUGCUGCUCUCUUAAGUACAGCUCAGCUACCGCCUCAGUUUGUAAAGGCCCCUGUCCUGGUGGCCUUAGGAACAACUCGUGUGGACGCACGUUGGGAAAAGCCUGAACAGAUGAAUGGGGUAUUACAGCGUUAUCUGUUGUACCUGUCCACAGAGGCCAGCUUUAUCGGCGAGGUUGUCUACAAUACCUCAGACUUCUUCACCAACUAUAUCAUCCCAGAUCUAACUGCUGGUACCACCUACUUUGUCACCCUCUCUGCUUGUACUAUGGGGGGAUGUACACUGAGUAAAGCGAGUGAAGUCCUGACCGAGGAGAGUGCCCCUGAGGGAGUACCUGAUCCAGUCAUAACCUCCCCCUCCCCACAGGAAAUCCUAGUCACAUGGGGUGUUCCCUCACUCCCUAACGGUCACAUAAUUCGCUAUGAGCUGUACCACAAUGAGGUGCUGGUGUACCAAGGAAUGACAAUGACCUACCAGGUCACCAGUCUUCUGCCUUACAGUCUCCACACAUUCAGGGUGAGGGCAUGUACCAUCCAAGGUUGUGGCUCCAGCCUCAUGGUGGAUGGCCGUACACUAGAGGCAGCCCCUCAGGGCUUCAUUGUCAUGACAUUGGAGGUGAAUGGUCCACGUACUGUGAAGGUCAACUGGAAUCCUCCAAGUGAGGAGAAUGGAAUCGUCUAUUACAGCAUCUUCUUUGACGGAUCAUUCUAUGCUGAUCCAGAGAAUUGGGACUACAAUGUGAUACAGGAGGCUAGAAGUCUGUUUCACGGCACCAAUCACUCCCAAUGGAUUUCCAUCACUGGCCUUAUCCCCAUGUCGUCUUAUGAUGUCCAGGUCAAUGCCUCCAACACCGGGGGCUACAUCCUCUCUAAUAUACGCCGAGCAGACUUACCCCAGGGCUCCCCUGAUGGAGUAAAGCCACCUAGCCUGGUAUCAGAGUCCUCCUCAACUAUCACAGCAAUAUGGGAACCAGUUGGACGGGAAAAUGCCCAGGAAUCACCUCAAUUUGUUGUACAGUUUCGGGAUCUGAACAAUGACACCAUGGUGGAAGAUAUAUUUGGCCCGACUACCUCCUUUAUCUACACUACAAGAGACCUUGUGCCUUAUACUGUGUAUGAGUUUCGUAUGAAGGCAUUCAACAGUUAUGGCUACACCUUGUCAAACUGGAUCUCUCAUCGCACACGACAAGACAAGCCAGGUGACUUUGAUCCUCCACUUAUUGCAGCUGUGGGUGCUCGAUACAUUGACAUUAACUGGCAGCAUCCACUGGAGGCUAAUGGAGUCCUCAAAGAAUACAAGAUUUACCAAAACAACAUGUUCAGAGUCUCGGUGUUGGGCAAUGACUCUAGUUACCGUGCCAUUGACCUUGACCCCUUCACUCUGUAUAACUUUGCCCUGGAGGCAUGUACUGAGGGUGGUUGUUCCCGUAGCAAUGACUCAAGUACUGUACGGACCUUGGAGGAUGUUCCUGAUGGAUUGGAACCACCCACAGUGACGUCCUUGACUCCAACUUCUGUUGAGAUUAAAUGGACUGCCCCUCAGCUUCCCAAUGGCCUUGUCAGUGCCUAUGAGUUGGAGCGGCAGGCAAACGGGUCAGAGAACAUUUACUCUAUUCGGACAGUUCUGCCUACAUCAGCCUUGAUAUAUGUUGAUGAUGCUGCAGAACUGUCACCUUUUACCACAUAUUACUACCGUGUGAAGGCUGUUAAUGGUGCAGGGUCUUCGGCUAGUGACUGGGCAGUCCUUACCACCAUGUCCUCAAGACCAACUGGGAUGUUACCGCCAAAUGUCCAGGUUCUUGGGCCCCGUGCUCUGCGUAUCACAUGGCAAACACCUCAGAAGCCAAAUGGUCUUCUAGAGAUGUAUGUGGUUCGCCUUCCUGUACCUCGCCAAGAAAUCAGAAAUACAAGUGUGUUGACACUGAACGUGACUGAUCUCCUGCCCUUCAGCACAUUUUCAGUGACUGUCACUGCAUGUACUGAUGGGGGCUGCACAGAGAGUCCUGCCGUCAGUGUGAGAACUGACCCCACUAUACCUGAGGGUCAGGACCCUCCCAUUCCACACCCUGUGUCCCAGAAUAUGAUAGCCAUAGCUUGGCAAGGUCCAAGUUUAACCAAUGGGCCCAAUAUCAGAUUUGAACUGUCACGAAUGAAGAUUUUGCAACCACUUAUAACUGAUCCUGUUGGCUUAAAUGUGUGGAGCAGUGUGUUCAUAGGGACAGUGACUUACUUUGAGGAUCGAGGUCUACCAUUGUUUACAACCUUUAAAUAUAGAGUUACAGUCUACAAUGAUGUUGGUCAGCUGACCAGUGAUGCUUCAAGGGAGGUAACUACAUAUGGGGGAUUCCCAAGGAAGGCUGCAAAUGUGACAGUGGUACCUCUGGAUCAUGUGACUCUGCGAGUGGACUGGGUAACCCCAAGUGUGGUAGAUCUACAGGGAUCUGUGAUAUUGUUCACCCUUGUGGCUGUCAGUAAGAUGAGGACUAUCAAGCAGGAAUAUACCCCUGACACUCAAGGAAUACAGCUGCAGAAUCUCACACCCAACACUGAGUAUUCUGUUACCCUUACCAUCACUAUCCAUGGUGAUGCCCAGAUCACCAGUUUACCUGUAGAAGCUCAGACUUUAGAUGGUGCACCUGAGGGCCUAGCCAAACCCACCCUGAGUGUUGUCAAUGACACAGCAUUGAGAGUGGCAUGGACCAACCCCGUCAAACCAAACGGAGAGAUCACUGGAUUUAAUGUCAUCAUCAACAACAAUAAGAUACCAACAGGGAUGGUGACUGCAGGGUCAAAGGUCAUCACCCAACUACUUCCCUACACUAUCUACUCUGUCAAGGUGGAGGUUUGUACUGUAUUUGACUGUACAACCAGCGAGCCUCAACUAAUCACUACUGCUGAGACACUUCCUCAACAGUUCACUCCUCCAAUGGUGACUGCCCUUAGCUCUGUUUCUGUCAAGAUAGACUGGGCAGCUCCUGAACGUUCCAAUGGAAUAAUUUUACGAUAUGACCUCUUCCGCAGCACUAUCAAGCAAUGUUCAGAAAUCCCCCCAGCAACAAUGAGCCCUGAGAUCACCAAGUGUACCUAUGUAAUGUGUGGGAUAUUGGAGAACCUUUGUGGGGGUGUAUGUUACUCUGGCCCCAAAGUCUGCUGUGAUGGAGUCUUACAUGACAGUCAGUUGGGCUUUGAAUGCUGUGGGCAGGACUACACAGCCAAACAGAGCCCUGAUGACAUCUGUUGUGGUGGACAGUUUCACAGGAAAAUCAACGAUUACAAGUGCUGCAAAGACAGAUAUGUGAGAGUCCAGACUGGUGAAGUCUGCUGUGUAGACAUGUAUGAAGACCGCAUCACAGUAGGAGUCGGGGACAGAUGCUGUGGGUCUGUACCCUACUCCUACAUAGGUGCUCAAGUUUGUUGUGGAGACAAGCUGUAUGACGGCUACAAUCAGCAGUGUUGUGGUGGGGAGGUGAUUCUCAGUCACAUGGCCUGUUGUGGUGAUACAUACAAGGGAAGUGCCUUCACCACUCGCCCUGGCAUGGAGUGUUGUGGACUGAACUACAUCAUUAAGAACCAGACUCUGUGCUGUACCAGUGACACUGGGCAUUCUAAGGUUCACAUGUACAAAGAUGAGGAUAUGAAGCUAUCAGCUAAUGAGAAGUGUUGUGGAUUGGAGACAAUUUCAAACAACCUGGAAUGUUGUAACUAUAUAGGCUACAACCCAUUAACACACAUCUGUGCUGAUUCAUCCAAUCAAGAGCCAGGAUGUGGACAAGGAACCAUAUGCCCACUGUCUGUCCAGGACUUUGCCUUUUGUGAUGUCUGUAAUUUUGACAAAGGAUCGAAAAUUUGUGGAUCUGUCUCUGGUUAUCAAGGAAAUGACCACUUUCCUAAUCCGACCGCUGACCCCACCGCAGACUGUAUAGCUACAGAGGAGAGAAUAUUUUCAGGCAUGGAAAUGACUUAUACAGAUGAUGAGCUGACUCCCUACUCCACAUAUGGCUAUGCUUUUGCUGCUGUCAAUAGCGCUGGAGGCUCGACUAGUAGUUAUACCAAGGUCAUGACCUUACAGGCUCCUCCAGGCAAGGUGGACUCGCCCAAGGUCAACAUUGAUCCCUCACAACUUUACGUCAUCGACCUGAGCUGGAAACUGCCACAAAAUCCAAAUGGUGUGAUAACACGGUACAUGCUGACACGUGACGGUAUAGAGCUAUACCGUGGUCUAGCCCAGCAGUAUACUGAUGACACAACUGUUCUACCCUAUAGGUCCUACACCUAUAUCCUUACAGCCUGUAAUACUGCAGGUUGUACAGCAAGUGACAAGGUUACUGUUGCAACAGCAGAAGGGAAGCCAGAAGAUGUCCUGCCACCGAAUGUCAAUGUGCUAAGUUCUUCAUCUCUGGAGGUGACAUGGUCACCUCCAGUUAAACCAAACGGCAUCAUAUCUCAUUACACAGUCAAAUUUGAAAUGGAGGAUGGUUACACCUGGUCAAAUACCACCUUGGGAGUAUCUCUGGUAGUCACAGGUUUGACACCGUACACCCAAUACAGUGUAACCCUAGAGGUGUGUACCCAGGGAGGAUGUACAAUCAGCUCAACAGUUCUCUCACGCACGCUUGAGGAUCUGCCAAAGGGUGUCAUACCUCCUCGAAUAGUUGUACUUAGUUCAAAGUCAACACUUGUUUUCUGGAAUUCUCCGAGGUAUCCCAACGGUAUAGUCAAGUUCUACUCCAUAAUGAGGAGAUGGGCUACAGGGGCUAUGUACAUCUACUUUGGGCCAGGGCUGUUUACAACAGAUGACUUCCUGGUGCCAGGAGAGACAUACGACUACUUCCUCAUCACUGGUAAUAAUGCUGGUAAUACAAGCAGCCACCCAACAACACUGACCAUGCCACCCACAGCUCUGGUUAAUGUUCCAGCAGCAAGGGAGGUAACUGUGCUGAGUGCCACCAGUGUGUAUAUAGCCUGGGAUCCCAUUGUGUCUGGACAGAUCCCAAUUGACCAAUACAGAGUCUUGUUGAAUGCUGGUCAGGACUCAGAGGUGGACAAGGGAGUGGGUCUUGAUCUUUCAACCACAGUGACUGGGUUGAAACCAAACUUUGAAUACCAGGUUCGUGUGACUGCCUGUUUGGAGGGUGUAUCUAAUGGCUGUGCCACUGGACCAGGUGUAAUAGUCCACACCCUUGAGGCACCCCCGGAGAACCUGGCCCCACCACGUCUCAAGGCCACUGCCCCAAAUGUAGUUGAUGUGUCAUGGACUUCACCUCAACAACCCAAUGGUGUGAUCACACAGUACCUAAUAUACUAUAGAGAGGCUGAUACAACCGUGGAACUCCUCAUUAACAGGGUCAUGGGUGAUGUGACAACCAUACGACAUGCUGGUCAAGACCUCCAACCCUACACAAACUAUGAGUACAAAGUGGUGGCUGGAAAUUCUCAAGGAGAUGUGUCUAGCACCUGGACCAUGGUGAGAACAUUGGAAAGUAUCCCAGCAGGAUUGACCAAGCCCUUUAUCAACACCACUGGAGCUUUUAGCUUCCAUAUAUCCUGGCAACCCCCGGAUUAUCCGAAUGGAGUUAUCACUAUGUAUACCAUACACUAUCGCUUUCUCACCAAUGACCCCACACAAGAGGCACCUCUUCAAAUGGUUCAGGUUUCAGCAAAUACACUCACAACAUCUGUAAGUGGACUAGAACCCUUCUCCAACUAUCAUGUCCACAUGUUGGCCUACAACAACGUGGGGAAUACCUCCUCAGACAAGGUAUUGGUGCAGACUGCCCAGUCAUCACCCUCAGGGCUGGCAGCAUUUGUGGUGGAAAAGAUCAGUACAGGGACAUCAGUUAUACUGAAAUGGGAUGUCCCAGGCAAGCCCAAUGGAGUCAUAUCUAUCUACAACAUUUAUGAAGUAGGAUCUUCUAUUGCUUUAUACAAAGGUCUCAAUAGGGAAUUUGAAUUUCGUCGACUUCAGCCCUACACAGACUACCAUGUCCAGAUGGAGGCAUGUACAGUGGCAGGAUGUACCAAGGGUCCUCCAUACACCUUCACUACCGCUGAGACCCCACCUGCUGACCAGUCUGUACCUGUCAUUGGAAAUAUUACAUCUUCAAGUGUGGUCAUAGUUUGGACAAAACCAGUCAGUCCUAAUGGUAAGAUUUCCAUGUAUGAGGUCUUGAAACGAUCGCAGAUUCGAGUUGUCCGUCGAAGUCUGUCUGCCCCCGAGGUAGUUUACACAACAACGAACACAGAGCGAGACAGCUAUCAGUAUGUUGACCGAGAUUUGUGGCCCUUCACAGAGUAUCAGUACAGUAUUCGUGCCAGUAAUUCAAAGGGCUUCAUUCAAAGUCCCUGGGCAUCUGUGUUCACUACACAGGCUGCCCCUGAGUGGCUAGCCCCACCAACGGUCUCCUACAUCAGUGGUCACCAGGACAGCCUCAACAUCAAGUGGGUGCCGCCUUCCCAGCCAAAUGGGAUCCUUCAGAGUUACCAGCUACAGAGAAACAGUAGUGUCCCUCUCAGUUUCACUGUCUUUGACCCUAUGGAGUUCAAUGACACUGGCCUGCUGGCCUUUACAUGGUACAGCUACAGAGUUACAGCGUGUACAGCAGGGGGCUGUACCACCAGUGAUGCCUCUCACUUUCGCACUAAGGAAACAGCACCACUGUUGGUCUCCCCACCCACCAUCAACACAUGGAACUCCACCACGCUCAGACUGGAGUGGCAGAGUCCACUUAGUACGAAUGGUGAGAUCAGCCUGUUUAAUCUCCAGAUGGACAAUAUUGUGAUAUAUUCUGGAUUAGAGACCGUUCAUAUUCAGACAGGAUUAACACCAUACACAGAGUAUUCUUUUGUACUGACUGCAUGUACAAGUGGAGGAUGCACUGACAGUGGUGAGGUCAAAGGUCGACCUGAUGAUGACAUACCAUUAGGUCUGAAUGCCCCAGUGCUCAAGGUCAUAAGUUCUAAAUCUAUAGAGGUAACAUGGGGACCUCCACAAUUCCCUAAUGGUAUAAUCAGCUCCUAUGACCUUCGGAGAGACGGAGAACUGAUCUAUACAGAAAGCAUUAGUGUGACCGGGUUGUUAAGAACCAGCUUUGUUGACUACAACCUAGAGCCUGGUACAGAAUACUCAUACGUCAUUAUCGCUCGCAACAGAAAAGGGAGUGUCGAAAGUCUGGUCUCCAAGGCAACCACAUACUCCGCAUCACCAAGUGGUCUUGACCCACCAGUCCUAAUGGCUCUCUCAUCAACUUCUGUCCAGGUUACAUGGCAGCCACCUGUACAACCCAAUGGACCUAUCAGAAACUAUACAGUGUUUGAAAACAAUAAUGUUGUAUUCUCUGCUGGUCCAGAAAUCCUUAGCUACAUUGUGCCCGGUUUAGAGUUUUGGACUGACUAUUCCUUUAGGGUAAAGGCCUGUACUGAUCGAGGUUGUGAAUUGAGUGGUGUAACCACUGUCCGCACCCUUGAGGCCCCACCUGAGGAACAAAUGCCCCCAAAACUGCUGGCCUUAGCAGAUCAAGAUGGGGCCCAUGCAGGAGUACUCAUAAAUUGGGAGCCCCCACUGAAACCCAAUGGAAUUGUUGUAUCUUACGAAGUGUACAGGCGACAGGUGAUCAGUGAGUUAACAGGUACCUCAUAUGGUACAAUAGCCAUGGUGUACAACUCAAGCCAGCUGAGGUACUCAGACCUCGCUGACACACUAAUGGCCUUCACCGAAUACCAGUAUAUGGUCACAGUGGUCAAUCGUGCAGGCAAAGUCAGCAGUGUAUGGACUGUGGUCACCACCAAAGAGGGACCUCCACAGGGCCUCAAACCACCUAUAAUUAAUUCUACCACAGCCACCAGUAUAACAGUGACCAUCAUACCUCCCACAAGGCCUAAUGGAGUGAUCCGUUACUACGCUGUCUUAGUCAACAGUACCUUGGGAAGCAGUAGCCAGACCCUGAUACAGACUGUGGGGGAAAAUAUGGCCCUGAUGCCCUUCACCAUGUAUGCCUUACAGUCCCAGGUCUGUACUGGAGGAGGCUGCGCCACCAGUGGGCCAAUCAUAGCCAAGACAGGGGCUGCCAAACCCACAGGUCUAAGAGCUAUCAAAGUGAUGGAUACCAACAGCUCCACUAUUAGGCUUGGCUGGUCAUACCCAACAAGUCCAAAUGGUGCUAUCAUCAGAUUCCUGAUCUACCAACGGAGGGCUUGUCCGCCUACAGACCAGCCUUUCCCACAGACAUGUGUAGUGGGUGACCCCUCGAUUGCCUUUGAUGGUCUUGCCAUUGAAAGAGCUAUUGUGAGCUUGCUGCCUUACACAGCCUAUGAGUUUCAAAUCCAGGCAGAGAAUGAGGCUGGUUAUGUUGACUUUCCUACCUGGGUCCGGGCAGAGACUAUGCCUACAGCCCCACAAUAUGUGAAGUUUCCACUCUUGUACAUGAAUGGUACAACAGCAGUGUUUGAUUGGCUGCUCAGUUUUAACCUCCAGGGGGAGCUUCGGGAGUUCAUCCUCCUGGUGGAUGGUCGUGUGGUGUUUCGCGGAGUCAGCUUCCUACAUCAACUUCCAAACAUUGAGCAGGACAGAACAAUGGAGUUUGUGAUUGCAGCUAUAACAGAGACAGGACAGGUUGAGUCACCUGCGAUUAUCUUUGACCCCAAUUCCAUUGACAACAUAGGCACUACCCCUCAGCCUACCUCUCGCCCAGUGCUCCUCGUCCAAAAGAUGUUCUACCAAGAGGUCUGGUUCAUUGUUCUCCUUGUACUUAUCACUGUCCUCCUCAUCUUUAUCAUCAUUGCUCUUUGUCUUCGUCACAUUCAUGGACGACGCCCCUACAUUCGCGAGCGCACACCACUUCGUCCACGACAUAGAAAGGAGUCACAACCAUUUACAUUUAGUAGCAGUGAUGACAGCAUAUUUGAAACAGAAAUGUCUGGUAGACCUUACCACCCAAGCAAGCCAGGUCACAUAUAUAACUCACGAGGGGAUGGAAUUACAAACCCUGUGUACAGUAACAGGCGCAUGAUGCAUUUAAACUCAAGUCCAGAAUCCUCCUCAUCCAGAUCAAAAUAUGAGGACGAUUUUGAUGAUGCAUUAGAUGAUGAUGACAUAGAUUACCUCUGGAAGAAGGGAAGAGGAAGCACUCUGUUUGGUGAGGAAGAUGAUGACAGUGCUGACCUACCAGCCUAUAGCAUUACAAAGGAGCAGACAGUGUUUACAGAUACUCACCUCUGA